GUCGAGAUGGGAAAAAGAAAAUGAGUGUUAUUAAAAACGUGAACCAUUAAGUGAACGUUAAUAGCCAGUUGAGUGGUUUGUUUUCGAGUAGAAUAAACGUUGGAGGCGUUUAUCUGGUGGAACAACGUUGACGACAAUACAACAUGAAUUUCCUUCUAAAUUAUAGGGCGGCGACGGCAUCAAGAUUUUAACGCAAUGGGGAAACGGGGGGAACGUUGGACGACUAAUUUUACCACUAAUUGUGGCGUAAUAAGCCUGAUGCUUGUUGCUAAUUUAGUUGUUAGUGCGUCAUAUCAAUUUACCGAUUCAGAGAAUUAUCAUCGAUUGAAACGUAGUUAUGAAUUGCCAAAAAAUUCCAAGGGUAGGAUAGGAAAUGGCAACGUCGUUAGUGUAGAUAGAAGCAACAUAUUUGCUACUGAAAACUCAACAAUAGUUGAAGUUCAACUUGGGGGAACAGCAACGUUACCUUGCAUCGUUAAAAAAUUCAGUAAUGGUGUGGUCUCUUGGCUUCGUAAAGUAGAGACUCCUUCGUUGUUGACCGUCGGUCUCAACACUUACAGCGCAGACGAGCGAAUCCUUGUGGAGCACGUGAGGCACUUGCAAAACUGGGGUCUUCACAUCAAAAAGGUGCAGUGGUCCGACGCUGGUCUUUAUGAAUGUCAAGUUUCCACUCACCCACCAACAAGCAUUUUUAUUGAACUCAAAGUGGCGGAGGCAACAGCUGAAAUAAUAGGAUCCCCGGAUAUUCAUUUAAACGCUGGUUCUCAACUCCGUCUUGUUUGCACGUUUAAAAAUUCUACAGAAGAUCCUUUGUACGUGUUUUGGUACCACGAAGACAAAAUGAUCAAUUACGACCCCGGUGUUUACGUUUUACUGGAGAAGUCCUCGAGUAUCCUUCAGGUGUCUGGAGCGGACAAGAGUCACGAUGGAAACUACACUUGUAAUCCCUCAAACGCUUUACCUGCGUCAAUCAACGUCCAUGUGUUAAAUUCAACUGAAGAAGAGAAUCCCGCAGCCAUGUUACACGCCAAUACUUCUACAAUCAACUCAACUUCAAACAUUUUAAUGAUAAUCUUAUCUUUUUUACUAUUUCUAAAACCAGUUAUUGAAUUAAUCGUGAAAAGGUGAACGUGAUAGUGCAAGCGGAAAUAACUAUUUUGUACAUAUUGUACGUAUAUGUAAAUAUUUUUGAUGUUAUCUCGAAAUUUGUGUUAACUUCCGUCUACUAUGAUGUACGUUUUACUGUAUUACCGUUUACUGUAUCGUGGUAGUAUAUCAAUUUAAGAUCAAAUAAAUUAUGAAUAAACA